GGAAAAUUCGAGUUCCCCAGAAACGUGCAACGACGGAGUCUGUUCUACGACGUCUCCAGGGGAGAUGACUUCCGUUCGCACGUGUUAUUGCAAACACGAGGAGAAUGUAGCGCGCAGGAAGGAUAAUGAUAUCAGAAUACACAAUGCGAAUCGACAUCCUGUAACUGUCGUAUCUAAAAAAUCGAUAGUCACGAAUACAACUUGUGGAAGUAGCAGAGGGUCUUGUAAACGCGCGAGUCGCGUUAUUAAAGAAAAAAUUCUUAAUACGCACCGAUCGGUAGAAGUGCAGCCUCCCAAUUCCGUCUUGAGUCCCGAAACAUCCACCGCUCUUGAAAAUGCCGAGAAGAUUGUUAACAAUGCAAAGAUACAACUCAUGGAAGUCUGCGCAACGUCGAGUUUCGAUUCCGCACGACAGCAUAGAAAUACGUAUUCGGACGAGCCGCC